CCCCCAGCCCCCCUCCGCUCAGCCCCUUCCUCCUUCAUCGGUGGUUCACAGAGAGGAUACAGCCAGGCGAAAAAUGGGAGUAGAAAUUGAGACGAUAACUCCGGGAGAUGGACGGACAUUCCCGAAGAAGGGACAGCGCGUCGUCGUUCACUAUGUCGGUACUCUGGAAGAUGGGAAAGUUUUCGACUCAUCGAGGUCCAGGGGGAAACCUUUUAAGUUCAAGAUUGGCAAUCAGGAGGUGAUCCGAGGCUGGGAGGAGGGAGUAGCUCAGAUGAGCGUAGGCCAGCGGGCGAAGCUUAUCUGCUCCUCAGACUUUGCCUAUGGCAGCAAAGGUCACCCAGGGAUCAUCCCACCAAACGCCACUCUCACCUUCGACGUGGAGCUGCUUGGUCUGGAGGCUUGAAACUCGCGCUCUCCACUCGCUUUAUUUCCACUCAAAUUUUUAGGGUUGACUCCUGUCCUGGGAACAUGGAGGAAGAUGAUUCCUGCAUAGGACCUCACCUUUUCAUUCUCCUGCCUGUUCAGACUCAUGCUGAAUAAUCUCACUUGCUUUAAACUUGACUCAUUAUUACUGUUUAUGUUAGUCUUUAAGUUAUAGGUCAGCCCAUCCAACGCCUCUCACUCUGUUACUGGUAUAUAUUUAGAUGUUUUGUUUAAUUUUUGGAUUAAAUUUGACGUUAUCGGCUCUAUUUGCCAUCAGGACCAUGUUUUAGAUAAUUGUCAUCAUUCCUGUGGUUCUUACUCUGUAUGGACAGCUGGUAAUGAACUGAUGCUAAUAAGAUAAGGAUUAAAGAUUCAUUUGUAAUAUUUGCUAUAUGAAAACGAAAAAUCAGAGGCAAGGGAAAAAGUUUCAACUGGUUGAAGAAAAAAAAAAGGCAGAUUGUUCUCAUCACUAACCUACAGGUCUUAGAUGUGAGAUUUUCUUCGCUCUGCAACAUUGGUUCUUUAUUUUUAAAGUGACUUAAUUUGUGUCAUGUUUACAACAACAAAAAGAAGGUUAGACCUGCUUGUUUUGCUUCCUGCGAGGAUCAUUUUCCCGAAAGGACCGCUUUCUCGUGCACAGUUUUAUCACACUGCUUUGCUUUUUCUCAUUCAUGAAAUGUUAUUUAAUGGUGUUAAAGCACAGUAAAAACAAACACGAAAUAAAGGAAACAAGCUUCUUAUUUACCAAAA